UAGUCGACCAAAUUAGUGCUGUCAAGUUUUUGGAACUUUCUGUGUUCGUCCUCAAAAAAUCCCAAAAAAACCUCCCACAAGUGCUUGAAAAUAGUUUUAAAAGGUUCCAAGUUAUGCAUAAAGUAUCGCUGUAGUGUUUCCAUGUGGGAAAAGUUUUAAUUUGUGAGAGAAUUAGGUGCUACUCGGUGCCUCGGACGCGUUUCGUAACUUUUCUGUGUGGAAUGGGGUUCGAACUCUCCGGAUCCGCAAGUGGGUGACUCUUUGACCGCAAAAAAACCACCGCCUCUUGUGCACAAGUGAUCGCAUCGUAUAGAAAUUGCAAGUAGAAAGAAGAAGGAAGAAUGCUUCGCUUCCUGAGUCGUCGACGAAAUAGGAAUCCUCGUCCUGAGGAAUCCACCAUCAGGAGCCCCCAAAUUAAAUCCCAGCGCAUUCCUGUCAACAAAAAUCUCAUCCAGUGCCGUAUAAUUUUGCUGGACAACACGGAUCUCUCUGUGGAUCUCUCGAAAAAAGCCAUGGGGAUUGAUUUAUACGAGCAAGUAUUCUAUUCGCUGGACCUCAUCGAGAAGGAUUACUUCGGACUGCAGUAUACGGACGCCAAUAAUGUGAAGCAUUGGCUGGAUCCCACGAAGGCUGUCAAGAAACAAGUUAAAAUUGGUUCGCCGUACACGCUGCGUCUGAAAGUGAAAUUCUACUCCUCGGAGCCCAAUGCAUUGCGUGAAGAAUUGACUAGGUAUCAAUUCUUCCUGCAGCUCAAGCAAGACCUCCUGGAUGGACGACUCGAAUGCGAUACGGCAAAAGCGAUUGAACUCUCGGCUCUCGCUCUUCAAUCUGAAUUGGGUGAUUUUGACGAUACCGUCCAUACACCGGCCACUGUGUCGGAGUUUCGUUUUGUACCUAAUCAGACGGAGGAGAUGGAGAUUGCAAUUCUGGAGGAGUACAAGACAUGCGUAGGCCUUACGCCGGCUCAAGCUGAAAUGAACUUUCUCAAUCGCGUCAAGAGUCUCGAGAUGUAUGGUGUGGAUAUGCAUACGGUUUUGGGGAAGGAUGGCUGUGAGUAUCAUCUUGGGCUCACACCAACGGGAAUUCUGGUGUUUGAGGGUGCCCAGAAGAUUGGACUAUUUUUUUGGCCCAAAAUUGGCAAGUUGGACUUUAAGAAGAAGAAACUCACUCUCGUUGUUGUGGAGGAUGAUGAUGAGGGUAAGGAGCAGGAGCACACCUUUGUCUUCCGGCUCUACAAUGAGAAAGCAUGUAAGCAUCUGUGGAAAUGUGCCAUUGAGCAUCAUGCCUUCUUCAGACUCCGCUCACCGAUUAAGGGGCCCUCAGCGAGGCAGAAUUUCUUCCGUAUGGGCUCUCGAUUCAGAUACUCUGGUAAAACGGAAUUCCAGACAGCACAUCAGAGUCGUGCUCGAAGGACUGUGCAAUUCGAGCGUAGACCCUCGCAACGUUUUGCCCGGCGUCAAUCACACGUACUUCGGGAACGUCAAAAAUCCACAGCACAGCCCCAGACACCGUCAGAACAGCAACAAGUGGCCACAGAGGAUACCAGUACGUCUGUUUCGGUGACGCCAUCCCCAUCGAUCCAGACUGUGAUACAGAAUUACGCGCCCACGAGCAUUGACAGUGUCCUGGUCAAUGGAAUUGCAUCCUUGGGGAGGAGCUCAACAAAAUCAUCUGCCUCAUCAACGGAUGGUACUACUGAAAAGGCAAAGGGAGCAGCUGGUGGAUCCUUCGGAAAGGCAGGAAUUGAAUCUAUCACAGUUAAACUUCCCGAUGAGGGCUACAAUAAGAUCGCACCACAUCACAAUUCCUUCGGGAAAGCUUCUAUUAGCUCUGCAUUUAGCGUUAAAAGUGGUGCUUCCUCCGAGAGAGAUAGUCACAUUGAUAAUCUCCUCAAGACGAUAGCAAAAGACACAUCGGCAGCUAUGCAUGCUCAAGAAUCCCUCAAUGAUGCCAACAGUAUUCGUGUGACAAUAAACAAGACGUCCGAUCUUGAGACUAAUACGGAUACGCUCAAGAAACUAGCAUCUGGUGCUGAGAAACCCAAUAAUCAGACGAAGGUGACAAGUGUGGCUGGACCGCUACCUCCUUCACAGCUCAAAUGCAAUAUUCUCAAAGCUCGCAAUGAAGAGGAAUCCGCAGCUACGACACCCACGAAAAUGACCAACCAGCUCUUUGUUCAGCCCCUUCCACCCACCUCUGAUGGUCCAUCUUCCCUUGAAGCUGCAACAUUUGUCUCCGUGGGUGGUGAUAAGUUAACGCUCAAUCUCACGGGAGUCUCAACAACAUCCAGUCCCACGUCGACACUCAAUGGGAAUCCAGCGACCCCGAAGAAAUUCACAGCAACUCCAAUUGAUGGAAUGGAGGCAAAUGGGAAUGCGGAUUCAGUGACGGUGACACAUUUCUCGGAGCAACGUGGUGUUGUUGAGAGAGUGAGUGUACCCACAUUGAAUAUUUUCAAUUCCGAAAUAAAAUCUCCGAAGAUGGAUAACACCGUGAGAGCUGCAAGUAAUUCACUUAAUAACGACAAAGUGUGCAGCAAUCCCUUCCUCACGUCUUCACCUGAGAGCUCACCAACUGCCACAAAUUGUAUUUCCACGACAAAUCCCUUCCGGGAUGGCACGUUUGGGAAUGAGGACACACCAUUGGAGCUUCAUGAUGUGGUUAAUAGUGCCUUAUCCAAGAACAAUCCCUUCAGAUCGGAGGAACCGCUAAUUGGAUCGCCAACAAAGACUUCUUCGGAUGAGAAUUCCAAGCUUCUCAAUGCCCUCAAUGCCAAUGAGACACAGAACACGAGUGCAGAGGAACAAAAUUCCAAGGAUGGUUUCACCACCAAGAUUGUGUCUCCUGUUCCUUCGAUGGACAUGGUAAGUCCUUGGCUUGUCUCAUCCGAAGUUGUGAGUGCUCCGCAAAAGGCAAAAGAAGCCCCUAUUAUUCGAAAGUCUGUCAUCACAACUCAACUCUAAAGACUUCUGAGAAAAUCACUGAAUGGGAAAAGUAUUUCGAGAAAGACGAGGAAUUUACUAUCAGAGCCAGAAAAUGAGUAAUAAGAUCACGACUCCACUUUGUCUUCUCGACCACAUAUUGUACACACGUUUCAUUUUAAUUCCAACAUAAUUAAGCUACUUUUUGCAGUGAACACAGCCAAUGCAGCUGUACGAAAAAAAAAAACAGAGAAAACAUAAUUCUGUUUGUUAGCUUCCGGUCAUUUAUUAAAUGAUUUAUAUUUUGCUAAAAGAAUUGCUGUUGUCUGAGUGGAGAAAUCGUGAUAUAUUUGACUUUUAGUUCAAUGAUUAAGUCAAAGAGAAUUUUUGUUGUUGAAUUUUUCCCCAUCUUUAUAGUUUCGUUCUCAUUUUUUUGCGCACUUGUUUAUAUCAUAUCAAAUUCGCAAAGUAUAAGAUGAGUUUACCACAAGAAUAACCGGGUUUUUGUGCGUAAAAAAAAUGUUGUUAGAUAUGCUAAAAGAAGACGUUACGAGCACAUGUGAAUGAAGAACAUGCUAAACAUGCUGUAAUGUUCUCAUUUUAAGAGAAUUUUCUUAUUAAUUGUUUAGUCAAAAUUUUCAAAAAAAAAUCUUAAAAAUUAUUUAGAAAAUGAAAGAAUUAAGCUUUUCAAAAUUGUGAUGUCAGGAAAUGUUUUAGUAACUUAAAACGAUUUGGAUCUUUUUUUUGAAUCAUCGAUAAAAAUAAGAAUUUCAGCACAUUGGUUUCUAUACACACCGUGUAGUAUUUAAAUUGUUGCAAUUCAAGAGGCAUUCUUCGGACGUUUUAACCCACAAAGAGUGAAUGUAUUGAAUCAAACGCACCACAAAUGAUCAAUGAUCAUCACUCUCAUGUCAAAAAGUCCAACGAUCUUGAUCUCAAUCUGCCGAGUCUUAAUCAUCGUGUGGAUAAUUGGGGGAAGAUGAAGAGCAAAAAAACUCUCAAAACAUCUUGUUUGGAGAAAGAGACAGGUCAUGUUUUUACAAAUGAAUCAUUGAGCAAUUACAUGGUAAUUAAAAUGUGCGGGAGAGCUCCGUGCAAGAUGACACAAUUACGCCGGAGGAGUGAAGGAGUAAAAUGCGGAAGGUGCAGAUCAACAAGUGUGCCUCCAUUUUGGGCGUCAAACGAUUGAACGCGAAAAUAACUCAAUUUCUUGGGAUUUUUUCUUUUUCACUCACAACUUGCAUGAUGGGGUGGGGAAUUUAUUAAUAAAUCUCAGUGAAAGCUUCCAAAGCGCGUCUCGAUGCUCCUAAGAAUGGUCAGCGAGCAUGUUACUCGAGUUACGCAAUGCCACGAAAAUUUUCGGGAAAAUCGGGCGUGUUUUUGGGCGCUCUGUGGGAGUCAAAGUGCGGGAGGAAAAGAUAGAGCAGAAAAAAAAACCAACUCAGAGUGUGAAGAUGACUAAAUACGACGCGCGCGGGAGUCUUGGCAUGGUUCCAAAUAAAAGUCGGCGUGCGAACCGUUUGUGGAGAGCCAUGCCAGAAUAUUCCGUCCCGAGCUAUUUUUGGGAUUGGCCACAUGGGAUGGGGGAGAGAAACACGAUCACACGGAGGCACUCGAAAGCGGAAAUUGCCAUGUUGUGAUCCUCUCGGUGGCGCGGCAUUGGAAUUCCAUGUCAAGACGUAGAGUUGGGGAUGGGGCGCGGUGAGGGGGGGCAAAGAUCAAGAGAAAAGACAAAAAAGACUUUGAUUAUUGUAUUCUCAUCGUUCAUUUCUUUUCCAUUUCUCUUGACACACACAAUGCACAAUAGUAAAAGAGAAAAGGAGAUAAAAGUCCUUUGAUCAUGUGAUUAGCAUCGCCAGCGCAAUAAGGUCAGACCUGUAUAUAUGUAGAUGAUUAUUUUACAAUUAAACGCAAGCAAAGUUAAUUUGUUUUUCGUUAUUAUUUCAAUUCUUUUCUUUUUACAUAAUACCAAUCACAUGAUCAAAUUUUCUCCUUUUUUUUCAAAUCUGUUUAAAGUUCUUCAAACUUGACAUUCUUUUUUUGUUUUCUUUGCGUUGAUGGUGUUGAAAUGCAGUCUUUGAAGGAUGACGUCGUGCCCACAGGAUGUUAAUGUGGGUGUUAUUUGGGUGGUAAAACGGAUGUUCACAAAUAAAACUUAAGGGUUGACAAAUUAGAAAUAGAAAAAUAAAUAUAGAUGAAUCUUCCUAUCCUCUCGAUCUUAAACUCCUUCCCUCCUCUCUCUUCUUUUCUUCCUCUUCUCGUUUUUUUUUCUCUUCCUUUUGGGUUGAUGUGUGAGAUUUGGGGCGAUGGCUGAGAAGGUGUCUGGGGGUGGUUUGAGUUUUUUUUUUGUUGUAAAGUUUUGAGCAUUUAGAAGCACUUGCGGUGGACGAUUCCAGGGCCGGACUCGUCGUAUUCCUGCUUGGAGAUCCACAUCUGCUGGAAGGUGGACAAGGAGGCAAGGAUGGAGCCACCGAUCCAGACGGAGUAUUUGCGCUCUGGAGGAGCAAUGAUCUUGAUCUUGAUGGUGGAUGGGGCAAGAGCAGUGAUUUCCUUCUGCAUACGAUCGGCAAUACCGGGGUACAUGGUGGUACCACCAGACAUGACAAUGUUGGCAUACAGAUCCUUUCGGAUGUCCACAUCGCACUUCAUGAUGCUGUUGUACACGGUCUCGUGAAUACCGCAGGAUUCCAUACCCAGGAAGGAAGGCUGGAAGAGAGAUUCGGGGCAACGGAAGCGCUCAUUGCCAAUGGUGAUGACCUGUCCGUCAGGCAAUUCAUAGGAUUUCUCGAGGGAUGUGCUGGCAGCGGCGGUGGCCAUCUCCUGUUCGAAGUCCAGGGCAACAUAGCACAACUUCUCCUUGAUGUCACGGACAAUUUCUCGCUCAGCCGUGGUGGUGAAUGAGUAACCGCGCUCAGUGAGGAUCUUCAUGAGGUAGUCAGUGAGAUCACGGCCGGCCAAGUCAAGACGGAGGAUGGCAUGGGGGAGGGCAUAACCUUCAUAGAUGGGGACAGUGUGGGAGACACCAUCGCCAGAGUCGAGCACAAUACC